AUGCACCCUGAAGAUGUUUCUGGGAGGCUGGUGUCUCCUUUCUUCAGAGCAAUGGCCAAAGGAAAAGGGAUUAUGUUGGCAACUGGUCACACCUGGAAGCAGCAGAGAAGGUUUGCACUCAGGACACUACGCAACCUCGGCCUGGGGAAAAGAGGUCUGGAGCACCGAGUUCAAGAGGAAGCCCACUACCUGGUAGACUUCUUUGCAAGUAUGAAAGGGAAAGCUCUGGAUCCUUCUUUCUCUCUUGUUCAUUCUGUCUCAAAUGUAAUUUGUGCUGUCGUGUUUGGACAUCGUUUUGCCAGAGAGGAUGAGACCUUUCAUGAACUGAUUAGAGCCACAGAGGAACUGUUCAAAUUUGCGGGCAGCUUUAUUCAUCAUCUGUAUGAAAUCUUCCCCUGGUUGAUGUGUCGUCUCCCUGGGCCCCAUAAGAAGGCCUUGGCUUGUUAUGAUGUCCUGAGCUCCUUUACACGGAGAGAGAUCAGAAUGCACAUGGAGCGUGGGAUACCAGAUGAACUGCAGGAUUUCAUUGACUUUUACCUGGAUCACAUUGAAAAAUCCAAAGAUGAACCCAGGUCUACAUACAGUGAAGACAACAUGGUUUAUUCUAUAAAUGACCUUUUCCUGGGUGGAUCAGAGACAACAAGCACUACUUUGAACUGGGGUCUGCUCUAUAUGGUGGCAUAUCCAGACAUUCAAGAAAAAGUUCAGAAGGAGUUGGAUGCUGUUCUAGGUCCUUCCAAGUUAAUCUGCUAUGAGGAUCGGAGAGAACUGCCCUACACAAACGCUGUGGUUCAUGAGAUCCAACGCUUCAGCAACAUUAUCUCAGUUGGCAUGCCCAGGGGCACCAUAGUUCUUCCAAAUAUUGCUUCAUCUUUGUAUGACCCAGAGCAGUGGGAAACACCUCGACACUUCAACCCUGGUCACUUCUUAGAUAAGGAUGGAAACUUUGUGAGCCAAGAAGCCUUUUUACCAUUCUCAAUAGGGCACCGUGUGUGUUUGGGGGAGCACCUAGCGAGGACCGAGCUCUUUAUUUUCUUUGCCAACCUGCUGCGGGCUUUCACCUUCCAGCUCCCCGAGGGAGUGACAGAGAUCAACACAGAGCCCAUUUUGGGGGGUACCCUGCAGCCCCACCCGUACAGGGUUUGUGCCAUUCCACGCUAG